AAAAGUCCGAUUUUGCGGCUGUUUGAGAGAGACGACAGAUCUUCGAAGAUGAGCUUGACCCUGCUUCAAGGUUAUUCAUCUGCAGAAGAAGAAGAAGAUGCAGAGAAGAAGGAUUACGAGAGCUCCGGCGAGGAAGAUGAGAAUCAUGGCGUUGAGAGAUACGGAUCUUCUUCUUCAGUGUUCGAUUUCUCUGCAUCCAACUCUGCUAAAGACUCUGGCCUUCCUUCAGCUAACGACGUUUUCUCUCAGAUAUCAGGGCCACCGGAGUUUCUAAACAACCGUACAGAAGCGGAUGAAGAAGCCACAGCUAGAGAUGCAGAGCAUGCAAAACGUAUUACCCGCAAAAAGAAGAAAGCUAAACCUAAAGGUGUUGUCGUGGAAGCGAAACCUCAACUUGUCGGGAUUCAUGAGAGAGUCAGAAACGAUAUCGAUGCACCACCAUCUUCAGAGAAUGGUGAAAAGCGGAUAUCUACUGCAACCAAUCCAAAUGCAGAAGAAGCUGCAGAUCUCUUAAGGAUGUGUCUGCAAUGUGGAGUACCAAAAACAUAUACAAGCGCGAGAGGAAUGGUAUGCCCACUUUGCGGUGACCGGCCAUUACCGGACUCGGAUGCAAAGAAGAAAGGCUCUACGGUCAAAGAUAAAGAGAAGAGCAAAAGAAUGAGAGGACAAUCCUCCCACGCUUCUUGGAAAAGUGAAACCGAGAUGCAACUUAGGCAACAUUUCGAUUAGAAUGUUUCCAAACUUUUCUUUAAAUUGUUGUUCCAUCCAAAUCCAUCAUUACUAAAAACUAUUGUCGGAAGUGAAAACCCUUAAGUUCUUAAGUAAUUGAUGUUGAGAGAUAUACACAGCA